CAGCAAAGCGGACCCGGUAGAACCGAUCAACGGACAAAAUUUCCACCACCCCCCCCCCACCAGAUGCGGACCUGAUAGAAGCAACCUAUCCCCCUCCCUCUCUCUCUCUCUCUCUCUCUUUCUCUCGGCGGUAAAAGAGGACCGGGUAGGAGCAACCCAGCCUUGAGUGAAGUUUUCGCCGGCCCUUUGCGGACCGGGUAGAGAGGAGUGAGUGAGUUUGUCGGUUAGAGAGUGUGUGUGUCCGACCCGACCACCCCCGCGCGGAAGCUGCGCGUGCCGCUCUCGGCACUUUCCAACGGCCGGAAUUGGUUUGAAAGUUUGAAUCGUCGGCGGCGGCGGGUUUUUGCAAACAUGGUGUCGUGGCUCAUAUCCAGGCUGGUGGUGCUUACAUUUGGCACAUUGUAUCCUGCCUACACAUCAUAUAAAGCUGUCAAGACAAAAAAUGUGAAGGAAUAUGUCCGAUGGAUGAUGUAUUGGAUUGUGUUUGCAAUCUUCACAACUGUAGAAACCUUCAUGGACAUAUUCGUUUCCUGGUUCCCUUUCUAUUAUGAAAUCAAGGUUGCAUUUAUUGUCUGGCUUUUAUCCCCGUACACCAAGGGUGCCAGCAUGAUUUACAGGAAGUUUAUUCAUCCUACACUCUCUUCAAAAGAGAAGGAAAUUGAUUGCUACAUCAGUCAAGCCAAGGAGCGUGGCUAUGAAACCAUGGUGAAUUUUGGCAGGAAGGGAUUAAACAUGGCAGCAACUGCUGCUGUAAGUGCUGCUGCAAAGAGCCAGGGAGCUAUUGCUGGACGCCUGCGUAGUUUCAGCAUGCAGGAUUUAACGAGCAUUCCGGGCGAUGAGCCAGUACAUUACAGAGACCCUCUUUAUCCUGAGGAGGAGCUAAUGGGAAGGGAACCUAUCUCUGCUGCACGAGUAAAGUACUCUCCAAGACUCCCUGUGACCGCACUAAAUGAUCGAUACAUGGAUGAGAGUGACUCUCCAGCUGAGUACAAGUCUGAUGGGGAAGCUGAAAACCCGAGAAGUCCAUUGCAUUGUCAUGAAGUACAAAACGUCAAACGGACCAGACGAGUCCAGACCCAUCAAGUGUCCAGAAAAAAGCCGCAGGGCAAAGAGGGUGUGAUAAAAUCAGUCAAAGUUAGACCAAAGAAGAAGACUCUGCGUUCGAAUUUUGACACUUUAUGAACUCCAGCAGAGAGCAUUGCACCACUCGUCAGAAGCACUGAGCUCGUGGAUAAAAAUUACCGCUGCUUUUUUUAAAUCACUGGCAAUUUUCAAAUGGCUGAAUGUUGUAAUCUUGUAAAACUGGGGCAAAUAUUUUGCCAUGUUGUUGCAUGCCCCUUUUUAAAAGCUAAUUCUGCUGUAGACAAUGGUGCCACAGGCUGGACCAACAUUAAAGACAAAAACUCUUCUUAAGCCAAAGAGUGUUGAGCCCUCGUCUGUAAUUGAAUUAACAAAUGAGUAUCAAGGGGCACCUUACAAGUGUUUCUUUUAAUAAAUCUAUUUUGUCCCCUGUCAAGGAAUGCUUGCUUGGUGUGGGUGGUUCUGAGGGAGUCUGGAACUCCCUUUUGUUGUAUUCCAAAUAUAAACGUGCCAUGUUUGUGGCUUACUCUCAAGUUUACUAUGGAACAGCAAAAUGAUGAUGAUAAUGAGCUUGCACUGACUGCUUUCACAAAUGUUGAGGUUUGUUUUCUGCCUUUUAUCCAUAAUUUUGAGUUUAAUGACAUCAGAAUAUCCCUGUUUUGUCACUACUUCAAUGAUUUUAGAGUUAAAGCUCCUCUUAAUGGUUUGCAUUUUAGUGGAUAUAUCGCUGCCUUGUGGGAUAAAUGUAACCCAUGGAAAAGUGUGGAUCUUUUUCUCUUUGUCAAAUAUGUAUUUAUUUGAAAUGCAAACACUGCUCUGUCAAAAUGAAGGGCCUCCUGCCAUUUGAAUUUUCAUGUUUGUGCAGCAGAACAUAAUGUGUCAUAUGCAUGUGCUGAAAUGUAUGAGAAUGCCAGGAGUGCAGCAUCUGUGAGUUGAUGUACAUAAAGAGAUGAAGACUAGAGUGAAGCUUCAAGUGGUAGAAAACUCAAAGAUCAUUGUGAUAUUUUGUCAUCCACUCACAUGGUCAUUGCAAAUAUCGUCUAUUAACGGAGCAUAUUUGUUUACUUCAGCAAUUUCAAUGUCAUUAGCAAUUCGGUUUUGCGUGGAGCAAUUCUUGGGUGUUGGAACUAUCUGGGCGGUCCUGUAGUUUGUUAGAGCUAAAUUUUGACAUGUUUUUAAGUUGCUUAAAACGUCUAAAUAUUUGUAUUCUCUGCUUCACGGAUCUCCUUCUAGGGUACUCCCCAUUUCAAAAGUAAGCUAAGUGUGAUGGACUACACGUACAUCUCGCUUGUCUUUCAGGCAGUAGAAUUUACCAGUAUGGUGAGAAUCUCUGCCUCAAAGUAACCAAGGAAUUUCCUUGAUCUCCACCUUAUUUCAGUCAUGGUUGGUAUUAGUAUGAAUAUCAAUGCACUGGGUCAUUGAGCUCAUCAGCAAUUUCCCAAAAUAAUGGCAACUGUUCACACAUGCAUACCCAUGAAUCUAGGUGGAAAUGUCACCUUAACUGGAAAAUCUUCAAUUUCCACUACCUACUAAUGACUACAAGGAGCAUAUGCUUGCUUUUCCAGUUUAAAAUGAGCACUAAAACUCCCUUAAGUUUUUUUUUGCCAGGUCUUUUGAAGUCUCAAUUCCAAACAAGUGACUUAUAUUUGGAUAGUUCAAGAUGUCUUAAAUAGUUACAUUUUAUAUUUAAUGAAUGUUACCACUGAAAAAAGGAAAGUGGCAUUUCUGUGAUAGCAAGUUGCUACCUUUUCCACUGUUCUUCUCUGACUUGCAGAAUGGGGACACAAGAAUGGGCUUGUAACAGAAAAGGAUAUACCUCAUCAUUUUGGUUAUGGCAGAAACUGUCCUGUUCACCUGGACAUAAGUUCUGCAUCACGUUUUACCAAGUGAGACAAUUGCAGCUCUUGAAUGGCAAGGCUUUGUAAUAAGCCAGUGACAGCUGAGGACCAUGUGAUAAGUGAGCAGGUUCAGCAGCAGCAGAUCCCCAACAGGCAAUGCAGUUGGGAGAUAUCACCACUGAUGUAUAUAAUGUGAAGUGAGGAUAAUCCCUGUUAAAGUACGUCAAGUUUGCUCUCAUUACUGCAAGUUCCUCUGGCUCUUUUUUUUGCUAUUGUCGCUAAGUUGAACAGAGGAACAUGCAAUUGUUCAUAUGAUAUCCAACUUCUGGCUUGAAGUAUAUUAGGCAGACCUCUGAUGGCAGAUUGGGUUUAGCUGCUUUGGGCUGUCAACGCUUGAUUUUUUUUUAAAGCACGAUUUAUUGAAAGAACAAGUUUUGUGAAGCCUGACAAAGUUCGUUGUCAGCUAAAUGAGAAGUUCCUCUUAACUGAAUCUUAAGCUAACAAACUGCAGGGAACCCAACUGGUCACUCAGAAUCCUCCUGUCAGUACCUCUUCAUAUCCACAUCUCUACUUGCUAUUCAUGUAUGAUAUCCAUUGUUUCUUAAUCCUUUACAAGUGGGUCAUUUUUAAAGUCAAUAUUGUUUUCACAAUAAAGUUGUUGGAUAAUUGUU